CAUGAUGAAACGGUUCCUUGUAUGUUUGUAGGAUGCACAUUUAAAACUAAUGUUUAUAGUACAUUCAACACACACAAAAACAGGAAACAUAACCAACAUUCAUUGAAAGAUUUUAAAGCCAAUGUCAUCAGUACAAGUCAGUUGCGUCAAUCAAUCAAUUGUGCAGAUGGGCCUACAGAGUCUGUGGAUGCAGAUAAUGAAAAUGAAACAUUAAGUUGUGGUGAUGCUGCAGAAUUGUACAGGCCAAAUUGUAUUGAUGAGAAAAUUGGUUGCAUUUUAUUGAAGUUGGAAAAUAUUGUACACAUUCCAAAGGCGGUUAUUGAUGAGGUUCUUUCUGAACUUCACUACAUUUUAAGUACAGCAUCUUUGCCUGUCACAAAAUCUAUUGUUUCUGAUGUAUUCCAGAGUCAUAAAUUACAAGUUGAAGAGUCAGUAGUGGAUGAGGUUUCCACUGUUCUAUGCAAAUCCAAUCCAUUGGGCAUAGCUAUUGCAAAGGAUGGCCCUCUUGCUACUGCGUAUAAACGUGCACAGUACUAUACCUCUCAUUUUGGUGUUUUAGAGCCAAUUGAGCACAUAUUAGAUGCCCAGAGGAAUAGGACAUUUCAAUACAUCCCUAUAUUACAAUCUUUGCAGCAUUUGCUCGCUCAUAAAGCUGUCCUUGAACACCUUAAAACUCAACAAAACCAGCUAUUAUCUGUUCACCAAGAGUACAGAACCAUAAGAGAUGGUGAGUACUAUAAACAAAAUCAUUUUCUGUCGGCUGAAGGUUUGAGAAUAGCAGUCAAUCUUUAUGUGGAUGAUUUUGAGAUUUGUAACCCUCUCGGGACAUCUCGAAAGAAACACAAACUCUGUGGUGUCUACUGGGUUUUAGGUAAUUUGCCACCAGGUUCCCAUUCAACACUAACCUCAAUCUAUUUGGCUGUUCUAUGCAAAUCAGAUGAUGUCAAGGCCUAUGGCUAUGAAAAAGUUUUAGAGCCUCUCUUGCAAGAUUUGGGUACAUUAGAACAGCAUGGUGUCUUUAUUUCUCAGCUUGGUCAGUUUGUCAAAGGUACUGUUCAGUGUGUAAGCGCUGACAAUCUUGGAGCCCAUGGAAUAGGUGGAUUUGUUGAGAGUUUUUCUGGUGGGUCCAUAUGCAGGUUUUGUACUGGAGACAAAUCGGAGUUUCAGACUAAAGAUGUCAAAUCAGGUGCUUUCAAACUCAGAACCCGAGACCUCCAUGAUGUUCAUGUCCAGUCUGCUCAGAAAAAUGCAACUAUUUGCUGUGGUGUCAAAAAACAGUGUGUUUUAACAGACCACCUUUCCCAUUUUCAUGUAAGCACUGGCUAUCCUCCCGAUAUUGUGCACGACCUCUUUGAGGGUGUUGUUCCAGUCGAACUAGCACGCUGUAUCAGUUUAUUGAUUUCCAAAAAAUACUUCACUCUUGAGGGCCUUAACAAAUUGAUCCAGACAUUUCCAUACAAAUGGGGGGACAAAACCAAUCGCCCCCAUCCAGUAUCACGCUUUUUCAAAACUAGCAACACUAUAGGUGGCAACGCACAUGAAAAUUGGGCCUUGCUCAGAUUUCUUCCCUUGCUGAUUGGACACAUUUUGCCAGAAGGUGAGCCAGCAUGGCAGGUAAUUAUAGAUCUUAAGGACAUAGUUGAGUUGAUUGUGGCUCCUGUUCAUACAGAGGAGACUGUUGCAUAUCUUGAGGCCAGAAUCUAUGAUCACAGACAGCGCUAUAUUGAACUCUUUCCACACAUUAAGCUCCUACCAAAACAUCACUAUUUGGAGCACUAUCCACAAAUGAUUCGUUGCUUUGGACCUCUAAUUGCUCUGUGGACUAUGAGAUUUGAGGCUAAACAUAGCUUCUUCAAGCAGGUCGCACGUCAUACGAAUUGCUUUAAGAAUAUAACUCGUUCACUAGCUAUUAAACACCAGUUCAUGCUUGCUUACCACACACAUUCUUCCAGUCUCAAGAAGUCACCAUUAGAGGUCACAGAUGUCUCAAUCAUGCCUGUUGAUGUCCUUAGUGAAGGAGUAGUGUCUGCUCUGAACCAGAGAUACCCAGAUGUGACUGAAGUUCAUAUAGCAAAAAAUGUGUCUUGCAGUGGUAUACAUUACAGCGAGGGGAUGCUUAUUGUAAACGGAUCUGUAGCUGGACUGCCUAAAUUUAAUAAGAUCAUUCAAUUGUGUGUUCUGAAGGAGAAGUUGUGUUUUCUAGUGAAAGAUGUAUGUGCUUGGUAUAGGGAGCAUUAUGGGGGUUUUGAGCUGUCUGCAUCACCCACUAGAGAGGUUGCCCUAAUUGAACUUGAGGACUUGGUGGACCCUUAUCCCCUUGUGGAAUACAUGGUUCGGGGUUUGCGUAUGGUAAUGUUGAAAAGAUUCAUCAUCGUUAAAGAUUAAAGGUGUUGCAAAAUGGCAAGUCCGGCUGUCCUGCGGAUCAUUUUUGGUGACGCGUCUGACUCUAGAAAACUGCACCUUCCUUCUGGAAUUCCGGCAUCAGUGGAAGAGCUACAUGUGCUAAUAAAGACAUUUUUUCAAUUGAAAGAGGAGUUCCGGAUGCAAUACAUGGAUUCUGAUUUUAAUGAGUUCAUGAACCUAACUUCAGUUUUUGACAUUCAAAACAAAAGCACACUGAAAAUAAUCUGUAAUCCUAUCUUGUCACCUGUGGAGCCCUGCAUCACUUUGUAC